CUGUUGGUUAUCAAGAUUUGCAGCUUUUCUUUUGCAGUUAUCGAAGAUGGUAUGGAUUGGAUAGAAAAUGCACAAAUCCUUAUGAAGGGAAUGUCUGUGCUUGUGAUGCUAUUUGUUAUUGCGCUGCAUCAAAUUGAAUAUACCCGUAAUAGAAUCUCUUCCGGAGUGCUAUUGUUUUAUUGGCUUUUUGUGAUCAUCGUUGAUGGUAUCAAACUGCGUACCCGUUAUCUGAAUGACGAUCAAUAUACCGAUUCCACACAAUUUGGCUUUUUUACUGUCAGUUUUUUCCUAUCAUGUACGAUAUUUAUUUUGGAGAACCUGCCAAGACCCAAAAGUCAGUACAUUAUGCUUGAGGAAGAUGAACUGGAUUCACCUGAGGAAAGAACCAACAUUUUUGGUAGACUUACAUUUAGUUGGAUGACCCCUUUAAUGAGGCUAGGUUAUAAGCAUCCAUUAACAAUGGACGAUUUAUGGAACCUCAAAUCGGAUGAUCAAUCGGUCAACGUAGGCGCUGAAUUUCAGAAAAACUGGCAAAAAGAAUUGAAAAAGUCAAAGCCAUCCUUGCUACGUGCUCUUGUUAUGACGUUGGGGGGACCCUUCGCUUUAGCGGCUGCACUACAGGAUAUUCUUCAAUUCACGCAACCUAUGCUUCUCAAGCAAUUAAUGGUAUGGGUUACCAGCUAUAAUUCUCCUGAGCCUCGCCCUGCUUAUCAAGGCGUUUUGAUUUCUAUUGCCAUGUUUAUCACCGCAAUCUGCCAAACCAUGUUCCUUCAUCAAUAUUUCCAACGAUGUUUCACUACCGGUAUGCGUCUUCGCGCUGCACUUGUCACAGCAGUAUAUCAAAAAACUCUAGUCCUCAGUAAUGCUAGUCGACAAAAAUCAACCGUUGGUGAGAUUGUUAACCAUAUGAGCGUAGAUGCCCAAAGAUUGAUGGACUUAUGUACUUACUUCCAUAUCGUAUGGAGUGGCCCUUUCCAGAUAAUUAUCGCUUUGAUCUUCUUGUACAACACAAUGGGACCUAGUAUUGGUGCUGGUGUAGGUAUUUUAAUCCUUGCCAUUCCUUUGAAUACCUAUUUGGCCCGCAAGAUGCGUACAUACCAAAAAACACAAAUGGGUAAUAAGGAUGCAAGAGUCAAGUUAAUGAAUGAAAUUUUGAAUGGUAUUCGUGUCAUAAAAUUGUAUGCAUGGGAGAAUCCAUUUUUGGAAAAGAUAAGCUUUAUUCGUAAUGAUUUGGAAUUAGCUACCUUGAAGAAGAUCGGUGUCUUGUCAGCAGUACAAAACUUUACCUGGACUUCUAUCCCUUUCUUAGUUUCCCUUUCCACUUUUGCCGUUUACGUAUUUGUUUCUGAAACACCACUGACAAGUGAUAUCGCUUUCGUUGCUAUAGCGCUUUUUGGUCUUCUGCAAUUCCCUCUUACUGUCUUUCCCAAUGUUAUUACUUCAACUAUUGAAGCUUCAGUCAGUCUGUAUCGUAUUGAAGAUUAUUUGUCUUCCCAAGAGUUAGACCCCACUGCAGUUACUCGCAUAAAUUUCCGUAGCGAUCCAAACUAUAACGAGGACACUCCACUCGUUGCCAUCAACGACGGUCAGUUCAAAUGGGCAGAGGAAGACCCUGCACCCGUAUUAAGCGGAAUCAAUCUUGAAAUUCGCAAAGGACAAUUGACUGCCGUUGUAGGUCGUGUAGGUGCAGGUAAAUCAUCUCUUAUUAGUGCUCUGCUUGGUGAUACUGUCAAGGUGGGAGGUGAUGUUAUUUUACGCGGAUCUGUUGCUUAUGUACCCCAACAACCUUGGGUUAUGAAUGCUACUUUACGUGAUAACAUUGUCUUUGGUCAUCGUUGGGAUGCUGAUUUCUACGACCGCGUCUUGGAGGCUUGUUCUUUGAAAAGCGAUAUUGCUAUCCUUAGUGCUGGUGAUCAAACAGAGAUAGGCGAACGCGGUAUUAAUUUAUCGGGCGGCCAAAAAGCUCGCGUAUCUCUCGCCAGAGCUAUUUAUGCCCGUGCUGAUGUCUAUUUGAUGGAUGAUCCCCUUAGUGCUGUAGAUGCUCACGUGGGUCGCCAUAUUUUUGACCAUGUUAUUGGACCAGAUGGUAUACUGAAGAGCAAAGCUCGUCUUCUGGUUACUCAUGGCAUUUCAUAUUUACCUCGCGUUGACGAAGUGGUUAUGUUACGGGAUGGACAGAUUGCGCUUAGCGGCAGUUAUGCUGAUUUAAUGGGGCAAAAAUCAGAGCUUUACGCACUUAUCAGCGAUUUUGGUAAUCAACAGAAUAAAUCAUCCGAUAAUGAAGAUGAAGUGUCAAAUGAAGGAAGGGUUGAUGUUGAAAAUGAGGAGCCUUAUGACAAUACUGAUGCAGCUUCUAUUGGAAUGGUGCCUCGUGAAGAAGAUGCGCCAUUAAACCGCCAACGCAAGCGUUUAAAUAGCGAAACCUCUGUUACGAGUGUAAAAACACUUCGUCGAGCUUCCCUUGCUUCUCUUUCGAAGAAGGGAAAUAGCGUCAAAAAGGAUACUGCAGGUGAUCGUUUAAUUACUGUUGAAGAAAGCGCUAAGGGUAGCGUUACUUGGGAUGUUUACAAGCAGUAUGCCAAAUCUUGCUCUGUCUACGGCGUUUUUACUGUAAUCGCCCUGUUGAUGCUCGCACAAAUGGCUUCGGUUGGAACCAAUUUGUGGCUCAAAUACUGGUCUAAUCAAAAUCAAAACAAGGGUGCUAAUCAUAAUGUAUGGUUCUAUCUUGGUAUUUACGCACUGAUUGGCUGGUCAUCUACUUUGUUUGCCAUGGUUCAAACUCUUGUCCUUUGGGUGUACUGUGCCAUCCGUUCUGCUCGGGUUUUGCAUACCGAAAUGUUGGAAACUAUUGUUCGCUCGCCUAUGUCAUUUUUCGAUACAACUCCUUUAGGAAGAAUUUUGAACCGUUUUAGUAAGGAUCAGCAUACUGUGGAUGAAGUUUUGCCUAGAACUUUUAACGGUUACUUCCGCGUGUUGUUCUCCGUUAUUGCUACCGUUUGUAUUAUCGCUUUCUCUACUCCUUUAUUUAUGAUCUUAGUGAUCCCUCUUGGCAUCAUCUACAUCUACAUUCAACGGUACUAUCUUGAAACAUCUCGUGAGCUGAAACGUUUGGAUUCUGUUGGUAAGAGUCCUAUCUACUCUCAUUUCCAAGAAACCAUCUCUGGUGUAUCCACUAUCCGUGCAUAUGAACAACAACGACGUUUCAUGUUUGAAAACGAGUGCAAAUUAGAUGAUAAUCAAAGAGCCUACUUCCCUUCGAUCUCUUGUAACAGAUGGCUUGCUGUACGUCUUGAAUUCCUAGGCUCUAUCAUUAUUCUUGCCGCUUCUGCUUUUGCUGUUUUGGAUGUAGUUUAUGGUACUUCAUCUAUUGACGCUGGUUUGGUUGGUCUUUCUGUUUCUUACGCCUUAAGUGUAACUCAGGCCUUGAAUUGGGUCAUUAGAUCAUAUUGUGAAAUUGAGACCAACAUCGUUUCUGUUGAACGUAUCAAGGAAUAUAUCGACUUACCUACUGAAAAAUACAAUGCUGUACGUGGUGUUAGUUCUAUGUGGCCAGAAAAAGGUCUUAUUGAAUUCCGUGAUUAUGCUACUCGUUAUCGUCCCGGAUUGGAUCUUGCCCUACGUGAUAUGUCCUUCACUGUGAAACCGAAGGAGAAGAUUGGUAUUGUUGGCCGUACUGGUGCCGGUAAAAGCUCGUUGAGUUUGAGUUUGUUCCGUAUUGUUGAAGCAGCUAAGGGUUCCAUUUAUAUCGAUGGUGUUGACAUUGCUAGUCUGCGUUUGUUUGAUUUGAGAUCUCGCUUGACGAUUAUUCCUCAAGAUCCUGUCUUAUUUGCGGGCACCGUGAGGGAAAACUUAGAUCCUUUUGGUGCACAUGAUGAUUCCGAACUCUGGCAAGCUCUGCAGCAUUCUCAUCUCCAAGACCAUAUAUCCAAGAUGGAUGGUAAAUUGAAUGCAGUUGUUUUGGAAGGUGGUGAGAACUUCUCUGUCGGACAACGCCAACUGAUUUGUUUGGCGCGUGCACUCCUUCGUAGAACAACUAUUCUUAUCCUUGAUGAAGCGACCGCUGCUAUUGAUGUGGAAACAGAUGCUAUCAUUCAAGAUACAAUUCGAAAGCAAUUUGCACAUUGUACUAUCCUUACUAUUGCUCACAGAAUCAACACCGUAUUAGAUUCCGACAGGAUCCUUGUGCUAGAUAAAGGUCGUAUAUCUGAGUUCGAUUCGCCUAAGUCAUUGAUUGACAAUAAGAAAUCGAUUUUCUAUUCAAUGGCUAAGGAAGCCGGUCUUGUCGAAUAAACUACUUUAUUGUCGUGCCCAUACGAAAUUUUGUAAUAUGUUGUCUAUAGAUAAAUACGUCAUGCAUAAUUUAUGGAUAUGAAUAACCUCAGUUGAAUAAACGAGUAUUACAUCCUAUAAUCGCUGG